ACAGAGCACAAUCCCCUAAUUCGAAUUAGGGUUCCGUCCAGAUCAAAAUCCCCUACUCUCUUUCUGCCCCAAAUCCAAAACCUGGCCAAACCCUAGAGUCGGGAUCAGAACCUCAAUCAACAUUACCCAUCUCUGAAGCUUUAGUGAGGGUUUAGGGUGGGGUUCUCUUAAUUUUCGAUACUAGAAAGCAAGACUAUCUAGGGAUGCCAAAGAUCAAGAGGACUAAAAGAAGCAAGAGGAGAAAGGAUGAUCAUGACGUUGUUGAUGUGAGAAGACAAAAAUCUCAAAAACUGGAUUGCUGCCCCUCAGAAAAAUCCCACCUAUUCUCGGAAUUCUCCGCCGAGAAUCGGCGGAGAGUAGUACUAACCCAGGAUCAGUACAAGUAUUGCUCCCAGGCUCUCAAAUUCUUCCAAGACAAGCUCGACGAGCCUCGGCAGAUUAUAGAGGAGUUUCGUAAGGUAAAUAAGGGGAGAGCUGAAACUAGGAAGGAGAAGACUUGCAAUGUGGCUCUCAGCAGUGUCAAUUGGAGGAAGAACCGCUACGAUAAUAUUGUGCCAUAUGACCAAAACAGGGUUGUUCUGAAGGACUCAUCCAAAAGUGGAAGGGACUACAUCAAUGCCAGCUUCAUCACCACAAGCUCGUCUCGGUUUAUUGCAACACAAGGUCCACUUCCGAAUACGUAUGAGGAUUUCUGGGAGAUGGUGAUCCAGUACCGUUGCCCUGUUGUGAUUAUGCUUACUUGCUUGGACAUGGAUACAUGUGGAGAUUAUUUUCAGGCAGAAGACGAGAGAGAAUUUGGGAAUGUGUGUAUAGUCACUAAGUGGAUGAGAAGUAGCGAGUCUAGUGACACUAAUUCUCCGUUAGUGUUGCGGCUUUUGGAGGUCAAGCAUAAGGAGAACUCCGAGGAGCCACCAGUAUCGGUUUUGCAUAUUCAGUAUCCUGAAUGGCCUGACCAUGGAGUUCCCACAGACACGGUUGCUGUUCGCGAAAUAUUGAAAGGAUUGAUAUAUCAAGAGGCACCACCAGAGGCUGGCCCGAUUGUGGUGCACUGUAGUGCAGGUAUUGGGAGAACUGGAACAUACUGCACAAUUCAUGAUACGAUGAAGAGAAUUCUUUCUGGGGACAUGUCUGCUUUAGAUGUUGCUGAUACAGUUGCCACAUUCAGGUCUCAGCGAGAUGGAAUGGUCCAGACGCUGAAGCAAUAUUGGUUCUGUUAUUCUGCGAUCAUCGAUGAAUUGGAAGAACUCAUCUCGGAUCAUCAAGAUGAAGAGUAGUGCUGGAUCAGUUGAUGCUACAUUGCUAACUGUCAUUACUAUCCUAGUAAACAAUUUUUGUUUUAGAGGUUUUAAGCCAUUGCUAAUUUCUUUAUUGAUUCAAGUAAAAUUUAUGAAUCAGUUAUGUUUAUA